AUGCAGUUUGGUGCUAUUGGACUAUCUAUUAAAAUGAAUAUAUUUACUAUGUGUUGUUGUUUUGUGUUUGGUAUUAAUUAUUUAUUACUAUAUGCUGCUUUUACACAUAGUGAUAUUGGUAAGUCAAUAUCAGUUAUUUCAUUUAUUGAUGGAAUAGGAGGUAUAAUUACAUUAGUAAUACUUUUAGUUCUUUCUUACUUAUCUUAUGCAAAAAUUAAUUAUAAAAUUUUUGGUAUUUUUACAUUAGCUACAAAUUUUAUUUUAACUAGUAUAUGUACUAUCUCAUCUUCCAUUAAUGUAUUUAGUCCAAUUAUUAAUAAAACGUUUCUUUAUCUUAUUGUAGAAAUAUUCAAUUCAAGUCUUCCACCAUCAAAUUUUUUUGUCUUUUUUAAUUUGAGUUAUUCAUUAUCAUCACAACACACAACUUUUUAUAUCACUGGAUGCUCAUUUGGAACACUUUUAGCUUGUAUAUUAGGAUAUGCCGAAAUACCCGAAUUUGUUGCUUUUUCUAUUGUAGCUUUAUUUUCAUUAGUUGGACUGAUCCUUGUUAUUAUACUAUUCAUAUUUACACCUCAAAUAUAUGAUUUUCUUAAAUGUCAAGAAAGAAUAACAUAUCAAGAAGAGUAUAUUAGUCUUGAUGAUCCACUACCAAAAUACAAUGUUUUAAGAAUAUUUAAAACUAUAAUAAAAGAGAUGAAAAAUUCAUUAAUAACAAUAUUUUGCUGUUAUUAUAUUGCUAUCUAUCUUGUUCCUCGUUUUAUAAAUCCAGUUCAACGUUACUUUAAUUGUUAUAAGGAUGAUAUGAAUUAUGAUGAAAAUAAUUAUUAUUACCAAUUCAUUCAGUUAGUCGGUUUAUUGUAUUAUGCUGGGGAUGUUAUUGGAAGAUUUGUUGAAAUAUUUACAAAACCACCUAUUAAAAUAGUGUUAAUAGCAAGUAUUAUUAAUGUUUUGAUAGCAACAAUAACUAUCUUACCGAUUUACUUUGGUACAGCAGGGAAUAUUUCACACGCAAUUAUAGCUGAAAAAGUUAUGUUAGGGUAUGCACCUUUAUUAGGACUAGUUAAUGGGUUUAUUGUUGCAUGUGCUAUAGAAUAUUCAAUUUCUCAUGUCGAACCACGUUUAGCUGUAGCUGUGGUUUUACUUUUUUUAUAUCUUGGAAUAUUUGCAGGAGAUAUAAGUCAAUUAUUAACAUCAGGAUUAGAUUUAUAUCUUUCAUCAUCUCAAAAAGAUUGUUCUCCAACUUUUGUCUAA